AUGGCGGACCUACGCACGACACUUCUUGCUGGUAUAGCCAAAGAGCGCGUGACUGCGAAGAAUCCGCCCACAUCCGGCAUCGAUCUAGAUGCCGACCGAUGUGCAGCUCUGCAUAACACUUUGACUCUCUACGGCUGGGUCUGCUCUGGAAAGAAGAUUUCGGAGCUCAGAAAACGAACGUGGUGGAGCACGCAUGGCAACGAGACUCUCAAGGCAAUCUUGCGACCUGGAGUCAUUCGCUUUCUUUCCAAAAUCUUCGAGGUUCCAAACUACAACUUCUUCUAUCAUGUCUCGGGACUCGCCUCACCGGAGCACAUGUUGGGAAUGGCGGAUGUGAUGAUUGACGAUGAACACGAUCAUUCUGGGAAGAAACAUGAGAAGCACAGAUUUCCAAUCCUCUACAAGAGCUCCGAAGCUUUGGUCUCCCAACCCGCAGGAAUCGUCUUUGAUCAACAACGCGGAAAGGCGAUUCUCAUGCCUACAUACCAUCAUGUCUUUGAUCUCAGAAGUGCCGAUCUUCCCUGGCAGAAUCUSGAAACCAUUUUGAGUGCUUACAUCGAUAUGAUUGAAAGCGAGAAGGCGCUGGCAAUUCACAACGAAGCAGUGAUUGAGGACCCGAAAGCUCAACACGCGGGUGUUGGAGGCGAUUUGGAGAGGAACAAGACGUUCGCGAGGUACUCCACUCGUCCUUGGAUUAUGCAACCCUAUACGCUGGACGAUUUGCAUACGUGUAUAGAUACCUGGGCCUCCCUGGUACAAGCGAUUGAGAAACGGGCAGGAAUCGCAAAACAUCACCCGAAACCUGGUGACGCCGAUUAUGACCCCGAGGACGAAAUUCCUCUCUGCUCACGAACCGCCCUGACCAUCGCACGUAUACCGCGUGGAUUCGCGUAUGAGAUUCUAUCUCAUGCCCGGUCUUCAGAUGUCUGGUUCGUAGCACCAGGCCUUCGACUACCGAAAGUGGAAGAGUUCCUCCAACAGCCCUUUAGAGACAUUCUGGAGAAGUACCCCGAGGAAACAAAGGGCAUGAAAGUACCCUUUCUCUUUCUUCGGUGUCCCGGAACUGUCUCCGCGAAAGAAGCAAAGUUCCGCUACCCCUUCUCCACGCUCGAGUCUGUUCCCUGCGGACUCUAUCUUGACGCUUUUCCCAAUGCCAAGAACCCGYUUGAGGAUGCCUGUCGGCUCGUCCUGCCCAUUCGCUUGAGUGAUAAGCGACGGUAUGCUCGAACUUCCGAUGGACGGCUUCUAUAUCAGAGCCAUAGUGAUCUGUACCAGACGGGCAUCAAUCCUUUUGUGAUGAGGCAUGGUCCGAAACUAGCCGCCGUGCUUGAUAAUUGGCGGGAGCACGUGGAGAGUGGACAUUGGACUGUCAACUCCAAAGGUGUAGAAGGUGGAAUUGGAGUUUGGAGACAGGCGGAGACUCGGGAGCAUUGGUGGAGAUACCAGAGCGGUCAGCACCUUGUCAUUUAA